GUGGAGGAGAAUAUCCUCAUAAAAUUCAAGCACAAAUUAUGCAAAGUGUAUCACUUUUCUUAGCCUCAACGGGAAAGUUGAAGCAACUUUAAACCUAACCAAUAACCUAGACAAAGAACUUCAAAAAGGCCAAAUGGCCACAAACCACCAGCACCUCUCCUGCAGAUGUACAUAGGAAUAUAAGUGCAUCACCUGUAAGGGGGAGUUGCUGGAGGUUGUCUCACUGUCCUUAAGAUAAGUCUUUGGACCAAGAAAUUAUUCUUUUUUGCCCCCAUACCCGGACUGUAGUAGUGGUAAAGUAUAUGUAGUAGGGUCCAAGGUAUGCUCGUAAAUAUCUAGUCACUUCCCCCUGAAAACAAAUUGAAUGCUCCAGGCUGCGCCAGCCCAGGCUGGACCAUUUUGGCCCUAUGAAUCCUUGUGUCCAAAUGACAAGAUUAGUGCUAGGUAAGGGUUACUAACCGGUAGACUAAUCAGAUGCACAAUUUAACGCUCAUAAGACACAAUUAUUUUGCCUAAUAGCCUUAUUUAUUACAGAUUGGCUUGCCAGACGAGGGGAGCCUUUUGAGCCGUGAGGUGUAUGGAGGACGACUCCACUUCCUCAAGAAGCAGACAAAACAACAUAGAUUUUAUUUGGGUGGAGACUCAUUAUUCAGUUAAAAAUCUAUGCAUUGCAUUGAAUUUAAUUUCAUUCCAGUUUACACAUGUUGUUUGUAGUUCUUUGUAUGGCUCAUUUCACAUAAAUAUCUAUCAUUUGAGCCAUUGAAUUUUUAGUCUGGAGCAACUGUGACCGACAAAAACAGUCAAAUGAUGGACCUACGCUUCAAUGUGACACAGCCUACGACUUCAGCCUCCCUGCAAGACUGCAGAAGAGUGUGUGCCGUGUCCUGCAAGAAUGUGGUGGCCUUCACUCAACUUGCCUGCCCUGCUGGUGACACAAAAAAGAAGCCCAUUUAUUGCAUUACUCUUGCUGACCUCAACUGCCCUUACCAGUCUACCAUAAUAACUCCGUGCAGUGAGCCUGUACAGCUCCUCAAGUUCUCAGAUGAUGGCAACAGAUUGCUAGUUGUCACUCAAGGAGGCUAUGUCAAGUUGUUGGAACAGACAUGCGGUGCCUUGCAACCAGACUUUGAGACCAUCUCAGAGACCUACUUAGAAGGCGAGACGGUGCUGGCUGCCAGCUUCCUCCACAAUGGGCAGCGUCCUCAAAUCAACCUUGGUGAGGUGAAAGUCAACUCACUUUACAGUGAGAAGUUCACUUUACUGAAGCACAGCCCGUCACUGAUAGCGCCCGGCGGCUGCGCCACAGACGGCGUCGUGGUGGUCACGGCAUCAGGGCUGGUGCUGGUGGUGGCCAUAUGGCGGGAAGACGCUGUGGAGACCGUGAGGCGCGUCUUGGGCGCCUCCAGAGGGCACUACACCUCCGCUGACAUCGCCUUUGCUCCUGACGGGUCGGUGUCGGUGUCGGCGUGGCGGCCUGACGUGGUGCGGUGCUGGCGGUUGUGCCUCGCUCACUCUGACCUUGUCUCUGGCGGCGGCGAGGCUCACGAGAACGGCUGCCGGACACUACCUGACGGCGCUGACGACGACGCUGGCAAGCUGCGCCUGAGCAUCGAGUGCUGCGAGAGCGUCUGCCCGUACCGGCCCCCGCUCCCUGACUCCAACCUCCGGCACGAGCCCCCGGACUCUGCGGUGCCACGUGAGCUUGCGUCGGGCAGUUCUCGCGUCACUGAGGUGGUCUACCCUGUGCGGGACGACCCCACGCUGCUGCUGCUGGUGCUUGUUGAGAGAGCAGCGCCUGCUGCUGCUGCAGCUGAUCCUGCUACUGACGAAAAUAAGAGCUCAGUUGGUAAGAACACAAGUUGUUACAUCGUCCAGAAGUACAGGCUGGAGGAGAAGACGCAGCCCGUCUUCAAGUUGUUCAAGAGCAGCGAGACCGCAGCGCCAAGUCCGUCCAGCAUCACUUACAAGACGUGGGUGUUGUGUGGUGAGUGGUGCAGCUCUGGCGGACGAGUGGUGAGCCUGGGGAGUUGCGAGCGACAUCUCUUCCAAGCGUGUCAACUGCCACACGUCAUCUCCGUGGCAACUGAAGACGGCACCAUCACCGCCCUCAACCUCAGCUCCCUCCUGCCCAUGGGAAGCUAUAACCUAGUGACAGAAGACCGUAAGCGUGGCAGUUCAUCCUUGCCUUCAGGAGGGCUUGGUACUGGCGCUGCAGGUCGCCCCUUCACCGUCUCCCUCGCACACACUUGGACCGGCCUCUCCCUCGUGUCCUACGAUUCUUACGGCACCCUCAGCUUGUUCUCGCUUGUCAAAUCUACUGAUAUUGGCAAUCUGUGGCCGCUGUGCGUGCUACUUCUAUUAGAGUACAGCCUAGUCUCUGGCCAGGACUACUGGGAACUGCUCAUCAACACGCCCCCCUUGAGUGUCAUGACCGUCGUGGACAGACUCAUGGACACGUUGUCACUUCACGGCCCCUCUUACCACACUAAGCUUUACUCGCGUAUGCUGCUUCUAAAAUACUCAAUUCUUAGACUUUCAACAAGCAGCCAGCACCGCGCCACCGAAACCAUGAUUCAAGCUCAGGCGUCGGCAGCUCUGAAUUUUUUCCGGCAGUUCAGGCCCGUAACAGCGGACUGUUUGAGCGACAAAUGCGCCUCUACCUUGUUGACCUCAUAUCUGGAAAACCGCAGCUCUCUUGAGCAACUGGAUUUGGACAAAAGUGUCGACCAGUUUAUGAUGAGUGUCAACCAGAAUCUGGAUUGCCAGGUGGAGCCUCGUAUUGGUAAAUACCUUCAGCCGCUAGUUCAGUACACGGCAGAAGUGACGCUGUACCUGCUCUGCUCUAUCGCACAGACCGGCAAAGGCGAGCUGGUCCGCGACGUGAAGACCCUGCAGUACCUACGCGAGGUGCUGUUCAGGGCGCGCGUCCUGCACCGCCACUCCAAACUCGUAGCGCCGCACAUCAUCCGCAAGACGGACUCCGUUGACGUGUGGGCGCAGCUCUACCGCCUCCUUACGCGCCUCAUGAGCCUCAUGCCUGCUGAGCCUGACGCCUCCUUCAUAGACGAAGUGGUACUGCUGGAGACACAAGUGCUGGGUCGCAGCCUCUCACUGAGCUUGCCGGCGCGCGGGUACCUCACAACCGUCACCUCCGCUGCUCUCUCUGGUCCUGCUACCGUGCUACACUCUCCUGUCCACUACCAGCACGGCGAGAAGGACGAGGCCCCCCCACUAAGCAACUAUCAGCUAGAAGGAGGUCUUCCUCCCGCCAACCCGCGUGAUCCUCUCUUCCUUCACUUCAUUCCUAAAGACGCCCCCAAACUUCACUGCUCCAGGUGUUGGAGUGUGCGCUCGGCAGAACAUGAUCCUGACAACCCUUGGGAACAGCUCUGGAGCUCGUGCUGCCUCUGCUCUGGCCACUGGAUGCCGUAGAACUGCUUACCUGCUUUAAUCUAAGUCAUGAUUUAUGCCAGUUAGUCACUAACAUUAUAGAAGAACAUCGAUUCAAUGCUGUAAAUACAAUGUAUGUAUGCUAUUUUUUACUUGUCUAAACGCUAAUUUUUUAUAUGUGAUAAAGUAAAUAUGAGCUUCUGC